AUGGUGAGUUGUGUUGCAAUUGUUGGAAAUGCUAAAGUUGAAUUUCGUAGAUCUGAAGUUAGAACACUCCGUGAAGAAAGAACGGAAGUUGGUAUUAUUGGCUGUGCAGUUAAAAUUGAAUGCCGUGAAAGAGAAAUUGAUUUUUGCGGAAGUAAAGAUGGGGUAAAUCUCUGCGAAAACGACGAUGAAGUUAAAGUUGAACUUCGUGAAAGAAGAACGGAAGCUAGAUUUUUUGAAGAUGAAGCCGAAAUAGAAUUCUGUAAAGAUGACGAAUUUGAAUUUCGCGAAGGAAGAACGGAAGUUGGAUUUUGUAAAGAUGAUGUUAAA